AUGCGUGCAAAUGGGAAUACUGACAAAGUCAGCAUAUUGUCAACCUUCCUCGCUCCUUUCAAGUAUCUAAGUCCUGGCACCACAAACACGGAGGAUGAAGACAAUCUAAGUACCAGCAGUGCUGAAGUGAAGGAAAACCGGAAUGUGAGCAACCUGGGGACUAGGCCCCUCCCCCCUGGAGACUGGGCCAGAGGCAGCACACCCAGCGUUAAAAGGAAAAGGCCGCUGGAGGAAGGAAAUGGGGGACAUUUCUGCAAACUCCAACUGAUCUGGAAGAAACUCUCCUGGUCUAUGACACCCAAGAAUGCGCUGGUCCAGCUGCAUGAGCUGAAGCCAGGUCUACAGUACCGGAUGGUGUCACAGACUGGCCCAGUACACGCCCCAGUUUUCGCGGUAGCUGUAGAAGUGAACGGGCUCACGUUUGAAGGCACGGGGCCCACAAAGAAAAAGGCCAAGAUGCGGGCAGCAGAGAUGGCCCUGAAGUCCUUUGUGCAGUUCCCCAAUGCAUUCCAGGCCCACCUGGCCAUGGGCAGUAGUACCAGUCCAUGCACUGACUUCACCUCCGACCAGGCUGACUUCCCAGACACGUUGUUCAAGGAGUUCGAACCAUCCUCAAGAAACGAGGAUUUUCCGGGCUGUCGUCCCGUUGACACUGAGUUUCUGUCCUCUGCCUACCGGCGAGGACGCUUACUCUACCACACACUGGACCUCAUGGGCCAGGCUCUGCCUGACAGAUCCAGGCUGACUCCCGGCACCCUGGGUGAGAGGAACCCUGUAGUGGUGCUGAAUGAGUUGCGUUCAGGUCUUCGGUAUGUGUGCCUCUCGGAGACAGCCGAGAAGCCCCGAGUCAAGAGCUUUGUCAUGGCUGUGUGCGUGGACGGGAGGACGUUCGAAGGUUCUGGACGCAGCAAGAAGCUGGCCAAGGGCCAAGCAGCACAAGCUGCCUUGCAGGCCCUCUUCGACAUCCGGCUGCCUGGUCACAUACCCAGCAGGAGUAAAAGCAACCUCUUGCCACAGGAUUUUGCAGACUCUGUGUCCCAGCUGGUCACACAGAAGUUCCGUGAACUGACAGUCGGCCUGACAUCUGUGUAUGCCCGUCACAAAACACUGGCAGGAAUCGUCAUGACCAAAGGCUUGGACACCAAACAAGCACAGGUCAUCGUUCUGUCCUCUGGGACCAAGUGUAUCAACGGUGAGCACAUCAGUGACCAGGGACUGGUUGUCAAUGACUGUCAUGCUGAGAUCGUGGCCAGGCGGGCAUUUCUUCACUUCCUCUACACUCAGCUGGAGCUGCACUUGAGCAAGCAUCAAGAGGACCCCGAGAGAUCAAUAUUCAUACGUUUAAAGGAAGGAGGCUACAGGCUGCGAGAAAACAUCCUCUUCCAUCUCUAUGUGAGCACAUCCCCCUGUGGAGAUGCCAGAGUCAACUCUCCCUAUGAAAUCACCACAGACUUGAACAGCAGCAAACACAUCGUCAGGAAGUUCCGAGGGCACCUGCGCACCAAGAUUGAAUCUGGGGAAGGAACAGUCCCUGUGCGGGUCCCCAAUGCAGUCCAGACAUGGGACGGCAUUCUGCUUGGGGAGCAGCUAGUCACCAUGUCCUGCACAGACAAGAUUGCCAGCUGGAAUGUACUGGGACUCCAAGGCGCUCUCCUCUGUCACUUCAUCGAGCCUGUGUACCUCCACAGCAUCAUUGUGGGAAGCCUGCACCACACGGGCCACCUUGCACGGGUCAUGAGCCACAGGAUGGAGGGCAUCGGCCAGCUCCCUGCCUCAUACCGACAAAAUAGGCCUCUCCUUAGUGGCGUGAGUAACGCCGAGGCCCGGCAGCCAGGAAAGUCUCCCCACUUCAGUGCCAACUGGGUCGUGGGCAGUGCAGACCUGGAGAUCAUUAAUGCCACCACUGGGAAGAGGAGCUGUGGGGGCUCAUCCCGGCUCUGCAAGCACGUGUUUUCUGCUCGGUGGGCACGGCUGCAUGGUAGGCUAAGCACACGGAUCCCAGGCCAUGGAGACACACCAUCCAUGUACUGUGAGGCCAAGCAGGGGGCUCACACCUACCAGUCUGUUAAACAGCAGCUCUUCAAGGCUUUUCAGAAAGCUGGUCUUGGCACCUGGGUGAGAAAACCACCAGAGCAAGAUCAGUUUCUACUAAGUCUCUAAGUCCCUAGACUCCUUUGCUAUUGGACCAGAGUGAAACGCCCGGAGAGGAUGAAGCCGUAUGACUGUGUGGUGUGUCCAUCGGUUCCUGACCUUUGUUCUCCUUCAUUGUUUAGGAACACACAGCUCCAUGUGUGGAUGAGAGACUAGAUUUGAGUUUGGGUCGUACUGCUUCUCCCUGGGUUGUUAGUUCACAGAACCCUGUUCACCAUAGCUAGAGGUAGAAGCAUUAUCGUACCAGCCCCAUCCCUUACAGGGUAUCAAAACGAAAUUAUCUGUUCAGGCAAGAGGAGCCCAGAGGCAAGGCUGAAAACUGGUACUAACGUGUAGCUUCGUGCACCUUCCUUUGGGCUUUCCUCCCCUUCCAAGGGCAUCUCUAGUGGUGUGAUUGAGUCUCACCAGCACAAGUUUAUGUGACACCUCAAGAUAAGCCACAGGUGAACAGGAAAGCCAUGGGCUCCCCAACUCCAAAGAGCCCAACAGGAAUGCUAUAUUAUUGUUCUCAUUCAUUCAGACCUUUCCAAGUUCUUUCAAGAAGGACUUGAGAUAGACACUGUUGAAGAGAAGAUAAAGUGAAAGCUAUGCUUACAACACAAAAGGAUAGCUACCCAAGACAGGCAAGAGUCAUGAUCUAAGAGCUAAGAAAGCAGUUCUUAAACUAGCCAAUGAUAGAAUGUUGCAAAUAAACUCAAGCCUAUCCACUUGAUGACAACCUCUCCAUUGCUUUUCACAGAUAAUGACAGCCAUGGAAAUGAGAACUGUAGGGUGUUUACCACUACCUAAGAAUCUCUCUACUAGGUCUGAGUAAUUAAACUGAGUCUUAGAUCAAAUUCUAAAUUUUAAGUGAAUUUUUAUUAGAAAGAAAGCAUACACACACACCAUUCAAUGUAAUCUUUAGGUUUGAGGAGCUACAUGCUCUCUAUCAUUUUAGGUUUCUUGAUCACCAUGUUGCAUGAAUAAAAUAAUAAUAACAACAAAAAUAAUGAUGACUUAUUAUAUAGCUGCCAAAAUUAAAGGGACAGAAUCAUUCCACUUUUAGAACAGGCAUCAGAGUUCAUGGGUAGACAGAUUUCUUUCAUAUUUAGCCUACAUCAUCAUCCUUUAGAGGAAAAAAAUACAGGCAAGAGGAGGCAUGUUGCUAACCAAUGUUUCUUGACCUAAUUGUUUUUAAACACUUGAAGCACAUUUGUAACAUUCAUCAAGCUAGUUAACAUGUGUCUAAUCUUUUCUACUUAAAAAAAAAAAACCCAUCUGACAUGCUAGAGAGAUGGCUCGGCAGUUAAGAGCAUUUGCUGCUUCUAUAGAGGACUCUGGGUGAGUUCCCAGCUUCCGCAUGACAACCAUCCAUAACUGCAGCCCCAGUGGUUCCAAACAUCCAUGCAGUACACCUAUAUAAAUGUGGGUAAAUCAUCAUAGACUUAAAGUUAAAGUAAAUAAAUCCUUUUAAAUCCCAUAUGAGAUGCAUUAUGGAUUUCUGUUUCGGUUUUUGUUUGUUUGUUUGUUUGUUUGUUUGUUUGUUUUUAAAGUAUAGGAUAUAUUUCUAGAACAUGGGAUUCUUGAUUAGAAUUCCAGCUCAUCAGUCCCAAAUAAAAUUCAACAUCAUGAUGCUUUUAUUUUAUCUUAUAUUGCAGAUAUUGUAAGAAUUGUAGCUAUCUGAUACAACAAAAAGAAGAGCGGAGAUAUUAAUUCCUUGGAUUUAAUAAGAGAUCACGUCACUAGAAUCCUUUGAGAAAAGAAUAUGAGCACCAUUGUAGGAAUGUUUUCGAGAUAAACUUUCAAAGACAUGCAAAUGUUUCUGCAAAUAAGUGAUUCAUAUCAGUGGUUCAUAAAUACUGAGGAAAGUGGAAAGUUAACUCAGAGUAAAGGCUAAGAUCAAAAGGCCGACUUACAGUGCUCUCUGAUAGCUUGAUAUAUCAUUAGAAGGAAGCUUAGAAACCCAUGAAACCUUGAGAGCCAAAUGUGGCUUAGCUGUAAUCCCUCAACCGUUAGGCACAGUUGCUUCCUAGCUGAACUCUAGGACCUACCCUCAGAUCAUUUUAUUCUGAGCUGUUGAAUGGAGAACACACAGCACUUCAGAGCAGUGAGCUUCAGUGUUGUUGGCUAUUUAAAAAAAAAAAAUGGCAUUAAAUCUGGGAUCUCAAACAAGAUGGAAAGAGGCAGAAUGGGGCACCUUUCAAAUAUCCUCUGUGAAUACCACCACUUUGGCCUAUGCAAGAGACAGAGAAAGCAGUGGCUACCCAGCACCAUCGUGUGCUAGGUUUAUGACUCAUGGUGUCUAAAGUACUGUUUUUCCAGAAACAACCCAAACUUUCCUAAAGAUGAUUUUCUCCUUCUGAAAGGAGGAUUCAUUCCACCCCUGAGAACUAGCAUAGAGAUUUGCUUAUUUAUUUUAAUUAUUGUAUAUGUGUGUGAUUGUGUGUGGGUAUGUGCAUGUGUGUGCAGGUGCCUGCAGGAAGCUGGAGAGGGUGCAGGAGGCUGAAGAGGGUGUCAGGACUGCUGGAGUGAGGGUCACAGGCAGUUGUGAGACACCCUGCAUGGGUGCUGGGAAGCAAACAUGGGUCCUCGGGAAGAUGCUUUUAACCACUGAGUUAACUCUCCAGCCCUGAGAAUCACUUGUUAGCUCAACAGGAUAGUCCUACAUAGGAGAGCUGGGGGACCCAGAUUUGUUUAUAGUGGUAAAAGAAUUUUUUAAUGCUACAUGCGCAAUUUUAAGAAACUACAGCUUUUCCAAAGAGACAUUGUGGAAAAUACUUUUCAUUAAUAAUUGACUAUCUUGCAAGAUCCUUGUCAGAGUGAGUGUGAAAUAAAGAAGGAGAUGGGAGGAAGGAGGCAGAGGGGUGCCUGGAUCUCUUCAAUGAGAAGAGACUUACUGAAAUUAUCCAAAAUGAACCCUGCCAUGUGCUUAGAAGCAGAGGUCAGAAAAAGAUAAUCUUCAAGAAACAGGAAAACACAAAGAGGUAUUAAGAAAGAAGAAUGAAAGAUCUGGGUACAUUUAUUAUCUAAAGCAGAGAGGAAGCCACAUCAGGAUUGCACACCUACACCAUAUUGGGCCUUAUAUGUGCUGCCCCUGAUCUGCAGAAACACAACCCACUCCAGAAGUAGCCAGUCUCCAAAUCUGGUGUAGCAUGUGGUGUACAUGGAAUAAUACAUGGGACAUAGCAUCUAGUAUACGUGGAAUAAACCCUGAAAGAGCCAGUAGCAAAGCUUAUGGGUUUUUCUUACCUCUGUAUCCAAUACUGCUUUAGGCUGCCCCUCAUUUUAACUACUGAGCUAGUGUCAUGGGAGUGCCUCAGAGACAGCCCACCUGAAGUCUCUACAGGAGUGAAACAUAAAUAGGUGAUAUUUAUCUAUUAGUCACCCUGAAAACAAAUGCAGCCAAACAAAUCCAAAAGAAUGUGGUUAGACUAUAAAGAGGACAUGCAGGCAUUUUAGCCACCUAGGCUGUUUCUUAUCUAUCUGAUUUAUCUCCAAACCGUCCCCUCUUUGAUCUUUACACCCUUUGUUUUUAAAUUCUCUGUCUUCUGUAUCUACAUCCAUUGAGCCUCACUCCUAAAGUCCAAAUAGAAGUCAGCAUUAUCCUUAUCUGUCUUCAAAACACAUGUCGAUUUCCUAGUGGGGAGAUAAGCACAUUAAGGUUUCCUGCCUGGUUCUCAGUCAAAACGCCGGUAUCUGAUCACUUGUGAGCCCUCCCAUAGGAGCUAGUCCCAUGGUAAAGGCCACAAGGACACAUAAGCACAGCUCAUUCACCUGCAGCAAAAGAUUUCACAAUAAUGUGUAAUAUCGAGUUAUUGAAUUCAGGAUUUCUUUGGAUUGGGGGGUUGCCAAGGAGAAGAUUUGCAAGUCUCUAACAGUUGUUUCCUUUUGAUUUCUGUGCUCUUCUUGGAACCUGUAUAUAUCUAUCACGCUGUUAUUGAUUUUGUGAUGUCUUGUCUCUCACAGAUGUCAGGCUAAGUUGCUUUUCCAAAAGAUGCAUAGCUCAUAUUUUUUCCACAUAAUUUCCCUCUCACAAGACAGUUCUUAUCAAUAAAUUUAAAUGCUUUUUGUAUAGUGUUUACCAUAUUUGAUGAGCCAUAAAUAGUAAAUACAUAGUAUACCAAUGCCCAGAAUAGAAUAGUUAACAGUAUUUUGAUGAAAUACUAUUUUUAGACUAUAAAUUUGAAGAUGAGUCUAUAGUAUCUUGUUUAAGAAAAUUUAAAAAGACAAUUGAAAUUUAAAUAUAGUAGACAUUUUUUUAUUUAGGGAAACUUCUAUGAUCACUUUUAAGAAGCCAUUCUAAUAAAAUGACCUAAUUGGCCCAAAAGAUAAUAACUAUCAUUUUCUAAUAGCAACCAGAGGAAAUUUAGAAAAAUGUCUUUCUUUUUAUGUGCUACCAUUUGACUGCUGUGACCACUGCUUCCCACCGAAGUCUCAGCAUUCAGCAAAACCUGUUUCUCCAUCACUCUUAUCUAGGACCGUUUUCAGAACCUACAAUCUCGUAUAGGACUAAGAAAUCCACUAUGCUGAACAUUUCUAAAACUAUCCCAGCUCUGGAUGUUUACAGCGUUCAUGAAGAAGUGGCGAACUCAAAGUGCUGCCACAGGAAAGGCUAUAGCACCAAAAACGAACCCUUAGCUGGGUGCGGGGUGGGGGAGUGAUAGGGGGUAGGGGAACCCUAGAGGGCAGACUGUGGUAUUCUAUGGAGAGCUUUUAGCGGAUUGAAACCCUGGGCGCUGUCCGUGGUUCUGACUAGUAGUUAAUCACGGAAACGAUUAUUUCUGGGAACGCUAAGUAAGGUAUCCGUGGCUCUUGUUAAACUUCUUCCUCAAAGUGUGAAGGUGAUGAGUGAUAUGGGGAAAUAAGGAAACAGACACAAAAUAACAUAGGUAGAGGCCACCAAAGAGAAGCCAUAGAGAGCAGAGCAUUGUUCCAUACAGUUCCUCCCACUUCACGUCUGGGAAACCAGAAAAUGACUUCGCUCAUUCCCCUGGCAAUUCUACUCCUUUAGAUUCACUUCUCCCUUCCCAUCACCACCUUCCUGUUCUCUGUGCUUCCCUCCUGCUAAAAGUCUGCUCUGUUUGUUCUGUUCCCCUGGCAUACCUGAGAGAAGUGAAGCACCAGGGAGACUGAUGCUCACGGUCGGGAAGCUCCCUGUGUGCUCACGUGACAGCGUGAGUUACAGGGAUUUACAGCGAUCCUUCUGGACUCCCAGAGCAUGUCCAUUUCAUCUGACCUCUAACCAAAAGAAUUGCAGAUGGCCAGCCACAUCGUAAGAAAUUUAAACCAAACAAUAGCACCCUUGCAGGGAAAUGUACAGUAUCAAAACCUGGAGAAAAUACCAUCUUAUUUCCCAACUCGUCAUUUUUUAAAAGGUUGGAGAGAUGAUACACCCUUUUAAAGAUAAAAUAAAAAUUAUCCAGAUUCUAGUGCCUCUUUCACAUGGGCACCUGAUUUCUAUCACCCAGAAGUCUGUGAAUUAAUUUAAAGAAAUCUUUCCCAGCAGUGCCCAGCUAAUUUUCAGCACUUUUUAAGUAAAAUGAACGUUAAAAAAAAAGUCAUUCUUAGUUGAAGGUAUGUACAUAAAAAAGCAUGAUUGAAUGGCAAUAUUGUAUCAAUGGAUGUAUAUUUGUAAUAUUUGUAAAAUAAAAAAUCCGAAACCUUACAUGAAUUUACACAUGUUAAUUUGCCUCUUCUAAGUUCUGUAAAUUGCACUUUGGUGAUACCUGAUAAGUGAAUGUUUCUCUUAAGUGAAUAAAAAUAUCAAGUAAAGUUGUUCUUUCCUGGAUUGUCUGGCCUUUUUCAUCAAGCAAUGUAUUGGGGAACACCUGAAACACUGUGAUAUA